AAGCGGGAGGGGAAUACAAAAUCUGCACAAAGACACAACAGAAGAAGAAUCACAAGUAUGGAAAUGUGACUGUGGAGGUGGACUAACCAGCUUUGCCUUCUCCAAACUCAUUGUGGCCUGGAGGAGGGGAAACCGGCUGUGAAAGGGGAGAACUUGUAACACACCCACAAGUUCAGUCAAAGAUUCCAGAGACCAGAAGACAUCAGGGCACAAUCAGGGAACUUGUCCUAGAUUUAUGUAUGUUAACUGCUGGUAGGAUACCAUGUGUUACUAUAACUUAAAGAAACCACUGUUGAAAUAAUUUUUUUUACAACUUUCUCAUUAACUUUUUGUUAAACUUCCUCACCAGUGCCAAGACACAAUGACUAACAUGGAACUUGAAGGGAUGGCAGGUUGGGCAGAAGAGACUGAAGAACCUGAGAAAGAUCCUCCUCCUACAACAUGUUGGGAAAAAUUUCACACCACAAUUUCAAACUGGAUGCUGCCACCUCGCCACAGAAUAACAUAUAUGGAGAGAGCAAACUGUCUACCGCCUCCUAUUUUUAUUAUUUCCAUCAGCAUCAUUGAGCUGGGGGUUUUCAUUUACUAUGCAGUAUGGAUGCCACAGAAACAAUGGAUCACACUGGAUACUGGUAUCACUAACAGUCCAUUCAUAUACCGACCAGAUAAGCGAGAGGAGGCAUGGCGAUUUGUAUCUUACAUGUUAGUCCAUGCAGGAGUACAACACAUUAUUGGGAACCUGUUUCUCCAGCUUUUUCUUGGAAUCCCACUAGAGAUGGUCCAUAAAGGACAUCGUGUUGGAUUAGUUUACAUUGCAGGAGUCAUCGGAGGGUCUCUGGCAAGCUCCAUCUUUGAUCCACACCUUGGUCUGGUAGGAGCCUCUGGGGGAGUCUACGCCCUAAUUGGAGGUUACUUCAUGAAUGUCAUAGUGAAUUUCACAGACAUGGUGCCUUUGUUUGGAAUUUUUAGAAUAUUGGCCAUUCUUAUGAUAGUUGGGACUGAUGUUGGAUUUGCCCUCUACAGAAGAUAUAUCUCUAAAGUGACCGGUUCAAAGGUCUCAUUUGUGGCUCACUUUGCAGGAGGGCUUGCAGGAAUGUCUAUAGGCUACGCAGUGUUCAGCUGCUUUGACAAAAAAUUGAUAAAGGACCCAAGGUUCUGGAUCUGCAUUGCCGCAUACGUCGCUUUCCUAGUUUUUGCUGUAUUCUUCAAUAUAUUCUUGUCUCCGGUGUCCUAAUUCUUUUCAAAAACCAGAAUAUGUUUACUCCUCAACAUCUCAAAUCUGAGAACUUGAAGCUUCUGAGCCAACCUACCACAUGCAAUUUAUAUUAUGGAUGUCUUCUCAUGUUGCAAAGGUGCC